GGUGCACGUGGGCACGGUUGAGCGAAAAUAAAACUCUGCAGUGCAACGAAGGCUGAACCUCAGGCAGCGAAUCUCUCCGAGACGAAAAUGGCCUCUAAUAGAAUCGGUCCUGAGCCCAAAGCCGGAGACCUGAUUGAGUUUUUCCGUGGUGGGAAAUUCGCCCCUCCCGCAGUGAGAUAUCAGCACUGGGCCGUGUAUGUGGGAAAUGAUUACGUGGUCCAUGUGACUGGCCGAGACAAUGAGAUUCCGGGUGGAAAUUUGUUUGUGGCGGCAUCUGUCCCGGGCACCCGAGCCAUGGUGAAGAUGGAGCUGCUGUCGAAGGUGGCCGAGGGGUGCGAGUACCGGGUCAAUAACAAACAUGAUGGUAAGCGCCGAGCGCGAUCUCCUGAGGAGAUCGUCCAAAAGGCCUUGGAGCAGGUGGGACAGGAGAGGCCCUACAGUCUCACCCAUGAGAACUGUGAGCAUUUCGUCAUGGAACUGCGCUACGGAGAACCCAUCUCCGACCAGGUCAGAAGAAAGAUUUUGCAUGCGCUCGGUGUUUUGGCCGGUGUCAUCGUAACAGUGGGCGCCAUGAUAAUACUGUAGCAGCCUGCACUGUAAUGCGGAUCAGACUGUAGCAGGAUUGUGGGGACUCUCAGCCGACUCCAUCCCUUUCCGGCUCAGCAGGAACGUCCGUCCCCACCCGACGAUCCCCGAUCCCCGUCCCACACUGUCUCUCCCUUGUUGGUGGC